GGGAAGGUGGGUGACGCGGCCGCUCCUGAUUGGCGGAGCGUGUUGCCUUAACUUUUCCCUGGUACUCGCGGAACGGUGGGGAAGCGGUUGAUCUUGGAACUCCGCGAGCAGGCAGCUGGGCACUCGCGCAUCGCAGCAUCUCUCCCCGGACGCACUGCGCAGCAUUCUAGUCCUCAGUGAGGUCUUGUUCCCAAACUGCGCUGCAGCCUCAGCGAAACCUUUCUACAGUGCUGCUCUAAUGAGGAACCCCUGAAUAUAGAGUCACAGAGGAGAGAGGUUGCAAUGUCUCGCAGCAUCGGCGUUCCACGAUCCAGUGUGGUUAAGCUAAGUUUGCUGGCUUUGCUGCUAUUUGUAACGAGUUUCCCUUCGUGCUUAAACGACAGAGUUACAGAAUUUGCUCUCACAGAAAAAGUUGGUGAUUCGAAGGAAGAGGACAGCCAAGAGGGAGUGGUGGAGGAAGACGAUUUUGAUUCCGAAGACUUGGAAGUAUUCUACCCGACGAAUCAAUGGCAAACUGUCCGGCCAGGUCAGGCUGUUCCUGCUGGCUUACAUGUGCAAUUAAAUCUUCAGACAGGAGAAAAAUUAGCCAAGCUUCCGGAUAACGAAAAAUCUCUCUCCCAGGGGCCACACUUGGCCCUCGAUCUAUCCGUGCAACCCGGAAGCCCGCAGACUCAGGAGGAUAAACUGGCUUUGCAGAAAACGAAAAAAACCCGCUAAACCGAGAAGACCCUUGAUUCCAAGGCUCAUCAGGAAGAUGUCAGGAGAAGGUUCCGUCCCAUUGAAAAACUUAAGGAAGAGUUCAGAGAGCUCAACCUGCAGCUAGAAACAGACUUUGAAAUUAUGUUUAAAUUAAUCAACAAAUUCAACAGUUCCACUUCGACGCUGGAGGAGAAAAUAACAGCACUUCAUGAUCUCGAAUACUACGUUCAUCAGGUGGACAAUGCAAAAGAUUUGCUUUCCAUUGGUGGUCUCCAGCUUUUGAUUAAUGGACUGAACAGCACGGAGCCGUUGGUGAAGGAAUAUGCGUCCUUCGUCUUGGGAGCUGCACUGUCCAGCAACCCCAAAAUACAAGUUGCUGCGAUUGAGGGAGGCGCUUUGCAAAAACUGCUGGUGAUUUUGGCCACAGAUCAGCCCCUGGCUGUGAAGAAAAAGGCUCUGUUUGCUUUGUCGUCCAUGUUGCGGCAGUUCCCCUACGCUCAGCAGCAGUUCCUCAAGCUUGGUGGCCUUCAAGUGCUUCGGCAUCUCUGCACAGAGAAAGGGACGGAGAUGUUGCACAUCCGCAUUGUGACGCUUCUCUAUGACUUAGUCGUGGAAAAGCUGUCGCUCAAGGACUCGCCGGAUGACGACGACCAGUUCCGGGAGAGAGCUCAGCAGUACAGCCAAGUGAUCUUGCUCCCAGCCAUUGUCGAACAAGGCUGGUGCGGGAUAAUUCCUAACCUCCUGAGGAUGCCAGAGCACGACGCCAGGGAGAAGGUUUUGAAGACCGUGCAUGUGCUGCUAGCUUCCUGCAGGGACAGCUACAAAGCAGAUCACAGCCUCAGCCAUACACUGAGCCUCCUUCGCCAAGAAUACGAAGUGCUGGCGGCGGACGAACAAAAGGAAGGGGAAGACGACGGCUAUUUUAAGGAAGUCCUCAGCUCUAUAAAUAGCCUAGCUCAGCAGCUGAAAUGAAGACUUUACCCUAGCCUUGCUGAGACGUUCGCUGGUAAAUUUGGGGACGUUGCGCGGAAUAAACCACUGAACAAACCUUUUGGCUUUGUGCAGUCCCUUAGGUGGCAAGUAAGCCCAUGCGCUCGUUACAGAGCGAAGACUAGCUUCGUAUGUGCAGUUGAUGGUGUGUUUUAUUUCUGGAAAUCGCCAUAAGAAGCAGGUUUAAGGUGUCCCUGCAGUCGUCGCCUGCGAAAAGAGGAGCCUCGCAUUUCAAAACAACUCUCUGAAGGGGAAAUGGUCUUUACAAAGGAGUUCAGCCAGCGCAUGGAGUUGGUUAGAGCAAGUCUGCUGCCUUAGUCACGUCAAUAGAAAUAUUUUUAGAAUGUGAGUAUUAAGAGGGCGAGUGUAUCCUACUCUUUUCUUAUUUGGAAAGCCAACUUCCUGUGAAAAAAAGAUUUUACUCAAAAUG